AUGGAGAGAGUCGAUCGAGUGGUGGGUAUCAUGAUCUGGACCGAUGAUGCGAGCGAGGUUUCUGGACGCGCUAAACAUGCAAUGGAUGAUUGGCGAACGGAUGCGACCAGGGAGCAAACGAGCGUGGAAGAGGCUGAGCCAACCAAUUGCCAGUGGAGCCUUGUAGGUGAGAAGCGAGCAGUGACAAAUCUUCGAGUAAUCGAGCGUCCAAGCGGAACUCGUAUGCAAAUGAGCGAGCAGAGAAUUGGGUGUUGGAUGAAGAUGGGUUUAUACUUCAAAAGAACGGAUAAGAAGAAGAAGAAGAAGAGGAAGAAUCAGGAACCAGGAGGAACCAGCAGACACAUGAAGAUGAAGAAGAAGAAGAAGAAGAAGAAGAACAUGAAGCUCUUCGCCUGGCGGCCAUCAAGAGGCCCAACCGCCAGCACUUUGCUCAAAGCGGGCGUAUUAGUCGAUCAGGUCGACGCUGCGGGCAUUUUGUGUCUGCUUGCUGGCCCUCAAGGCGUCCCGUCAGGGGUAAAUCUCCACUUGGCUUCCCGCUUGCUCCCCAAGCCCGGCCCAUGUCACCCUGUAACUCUGGCUGCGAGCUGGGGUGUGCGAUCCGACGUUGUUCUGGAACAGAGACAGGAUGCGGUUGUCGGUCCGCAGGCGAGAGCGAGACGAGUGGCAGCGCUUGUCCGCAGAGAAAUCGUCGUUCAGAGCCGUCAGCGGGCGAGAGGCUCAGCCAGCACGGAGAUCACCCGGCGGUUCGUGCAUUUCGAGAGUUGA